AUGCCAAACACAUUGUCUCAGGACUAUAAGCGCACAUGUGUCUGGAAAGACGACCUGUUUGCCGGCAAAGUCGUAUUUGUUACGGGCGGUGCUGGAUCGAUUUGCCGGGUCCAGACAGAGGCCAUGGUUCUGCUUGGAGCCGACGCAGUGAUUGUGGGGCGAAACGGCGACAAAGCGGCCGCCGCAGCGAGAGAGGUCGCCGAAUUGAGGCCAGGAGCGAAGGUGCUGUCCUUUGCCGUAGAUGUGCGUGAUAUCAACACAAUUUUGGAGGCCGUGAAGCAAACUGUCGAGAGUUUGGGCCGAAUCGACUAUGUGAUUGCCGGGGCCGCUGGCAACUUUCUGGCACCUAUCACCGGUCUGUCUGCGAAUGCCUUCAAGACCGUGAUCGACAUCGACUUGAACGGCUCGUUCAACACUGCUAAGGCCACUCUUCCCGAAUUGCUCAAAACAAAGGGCUCCGUUGUGUUUGUUUCGGCAACUCUGCACUACCGAGGCUUGCCGUUCCAGGCCCAUCCCGCGGCUGCCAAGGCUGGCGUCGACUCGCUAAUGAAGACAAUUGCUGUCGAGUUCGGGCCUCUGGGUAUUCGCAGCAACGCCUUGGCGCCGGGUCCCAUCGAAGGAACCGAGGGCAUGUCUCGUCUUGGCAAAGGCUCCGAACACAACCGACAACGAUCUUACGAAAUGAUCCCCUUGGGCCGCUACGGUACUACUCAGGAAAUCGCCGACGGCACCGUCUAUCUGUUCAGCCCGGCCGCCCACUAUGUUACGGGCCAGGUUCUUGUCGUUGAUGGUGGUCAAUGGCAGACUACCAGUCCGCGCAUGGACGCGUACCCCAGCGUGAUGCUGGAGUUAGCUAAACAGCCAAAUAAGAUUUAG